CUAACCCAUGUAGCAUAUAUAAUGCCGAAUGAUGAGGUAGAAAUGGAAAGACUUGACAUGACACAUGCCAUGAUGGUCAAGGCAAUCAAGAAUAGGCUAUUCCUUGCUCCACUCGAGAAAGAGAAGGUUCAGCAAAUUCUUGAUGUUGGCACUGGUACUGGUAUCUGGGCUGUUGAAAUCGGCGAUAUCUUUGAGAAUGCUGAGGUUAUUGGAGUCGAUCUCAGCGCUAUCCAGCCAUCUUGGGUUCCCGUCAAUGUCAGAUUCGAAAUCGAUGAUGUCGAAAGCCCAUGGGUUCAUCAAACAAAAUACGACUUUAUAUUUUGCCGCUUCAUGGCUGCUUCCAUAGCGGACUGGCCUAAAUUGGUCAAAAACAUCUACGAUCACCUGAACCCGGGAGGCUGGGCCGAGUUCCACGAGAUGGACCCUGAAAUUUACUCAGACGAUGGCACUUACACUGAAAAGCAUGCCACUUGGCCCUGGAAUCAGACUUUCUUGAAGACGAUGAGGAGCAUUGGGCGGGAACCCUCGCCUGGUCCGAGACUGGAAGGUUGGGUGACGGACACUGGCUUUGAAAAUAUUUUCCACCAGCGUUUCAAAGCCCCCCUCGGCCCCUGGCCCAAGGAGCCACAUUACAAGGACUUGGGUAUGCUUAACUUGGCUCAAAUGCUCGAAGGUCUUGAAGGGUUUACUUUGAGAGUCUUUUGUGGCGUCCUCGGCCGAACCAAGGAAGAGGUGCUAGUUGAGACCGCGCAAGUGCGCAAGGAGAUGAAGGAAGGCGCAUACCACGGCAUCUAUGACCUACAUGUGGUUUAUGGACAGAAGCCUUUAACAGAGGCGCACUCUUCCGCGGCGCCAUAAGUCGACCAUCAUGACAAAGAAGACUGGGAGUAUGCCGCGCCAACAGCCAACCGAAGCCAAAAGUCUGAAGAUCGGAGUUGAGGCUCAUGAGAGUGGAAUAGAGGUAUAGCUUGUGUUUACUUCGUAAGUGGUAAACAUUGCGAUUUUGGCAUAUAUCUUCCUACAUACGAGUGACCUUAUAGAUUCCUAGGAAAGGUAGAAGAGUGCACUGAGCUUAAGUAGCCAAGUAGCUAUCUCCAACAUGACUUUAUGCACAAAUCUCCCAAUGCCAUCGUGCUCAUCCAUUUGUGCCAGCAAAGUUUGCAACUGGUACAGAGUUUGCAACACAGUCAGGGCCAG